GUAAGUCGUAAACAGGCUGCAUGAGUUCCCAUAUUCUCUCCCCCGACCUAUUUUCUCGCCGUAUCUCUUCACUUUUCCUACUCUCCAAAUAACAAAACAAAUCCGCAAACGAGAAGAACCCGUAGAUUCCAACGCGCACCCCCCUUCUUUCACUUUCUCUUUCUCUCUCUUUACGGCACACUAAAAAACAACACCAGUAACCGCAUUCCACAUUCCCUUCACUCUCUUCAUUCUUUGUCUUCUUAGUUCUUACCCUCUCACUUAUCAAAUUCACUUUCACUUUUUCCUUUUCUUUAUUUUCUUCUCUCUCUCUCUCUCUCUCGCACAUUCCGAUUCAGAUCUCUUCACUGCCGCUCAGUUCAGUUCAAUUCACUCCUUGAAUCAUGAGCCGUUACGAUCCCAAUCCCUUCGAGGAAGACGAAGUUAAUCCGUUUGCGGAUGGAAAAAAAGGUACAGGGCAGUCAAGUUAUGGUGGAGGUGCAUUUUAUACUACUAACCCUGGAAGUGUUCCUGCAGCAACCUCAGUGCUCUCACCACUUCCUCCUGAGCCAUAUGAUCGUGGGGCAACUGUUGAAAUUCCUCUUGAUAGCUCAAACUCAAAGGACAUUAAAGCGAAAGAGAAGGAACUUAAAGCUCGAGAGGCUGAUUUGAAAAGAAGGGAGCAGGAAAUAAAACGAAGGGAAGACGCUAUAUCACGCGCUGGGAUAGUUAUAGAGGAAAAAAAUUGGCCACCAUUUUUCCCCAUCAUUCAUCAUGACAUUGCAAAUGAAAUACCAAUACAUCUUCAAAGGACCCAGUAUCUUGCAUUUUCAACGUGGUUAGGUUUGGUUUUGUGUCUUACAUGGAAUAUUGUGGCAGUAACUACUGCUUGGAUCAAAGGAGAAGGUCCAACGAUCUGGUUUCUCGCUAUCAUCUACUUCAUAUCUGGGGUUCCAGGAUCCUAUGUACUGUGGUAUCGCCCUCUUUAUCGUGCAAUGAGGACUGACAGUGCUCUGAAAUUUGGCUGGUUUUUCUUGUGUUACCUGAUUCACAUCGGCUUUUGCAUUUUUGCAGCAGUAGCUCCACCAAUUAUCUUCAAAGGAAAAUCUCUCACAGGGAUUUUGCCUGCAAUAGAUGUUUUGGGCGACAAUGCACUGGUUGGGAUAUUCUACUUUAUUGGGUUUGGAUUUUUCUGUCUGGAGUCGCUGCUCAGCGUCUGGGUUAUUCAGCAAGUAUACAUGUACUUCCGUGGAAGCGGCAAGGCUGCAGAGAUGAAGCGUGAUGCUGCUAGAGGGACCAUGAUGGCAGCACUAUGAGGUGGCACUUGCAAAUGUUAUACCCAGAAUUUGAUUUCCUCGGUUACUCAGUAUUAAUAUUUUCAUGUGUUUUUUCCGUAGGUUUUGGCCUUGGAUUGAAUCAAACACAUUAAGAUAGAAGUUUUAGUUGUUCAUACAUACAAUGAUACAAACAUUUGAUGGCUCCCUCUUGACAACUGACUUUGUUUCAAAGAAUAUUUGUUUAUAAUUGUAUCAACAAAUGGUUCAUUGAUUCAACUGAGUUCAUGUUUUGCUCUCUUGACAAUCGGAUCAAGGCACUCGGCAAAAAGAACGAACCAGAAAAGCCGGUUAAUAAUAUAGCGCAUAAUUAAUCAAUAAAUUCUAUAUGUGGAUAGGCCUUUGUUAUGGGUAAGUUCAUAAAUAGUAGGUCGCUAUGGUAGUUUACAUUCUAGAUGAUGUGUUAAUGUAUGAUAGGGUUGGAAGGUUAGAUAGAGCUUUUUUUACAAUAGUAUAUAAGUACCUUUUGGAAUGAUCUAACAAACAAGAAAAGAAUCAUAUUAUUCAAUUA